AUGGGUUUUGGAGGCAGCUUGGGGUUGGUGGCGGUGUUGUUGUGCUGGGCGCUGGCUGAAGCGGCGUCUUACAGCCCUUGGAGCUUCCCUCUGAGGGGGGACUCGUCUUGGAGCCGUCCCCGUGUGCCUUCCUUCUCCCGGCCCUCUCCCUGGGCAUGGGUGGAUGUCUCCCAGCUCCAGGCUGCAGCCCCGCGGCACCCUGUGGCUGUUCAGUGCCAGGAGGCGCAGGUGGUGGUCACGGUGCACAGGGACCUCUUUGGCACGGGACACCUGGUCAAGGCUGCGGACCUGACCCUGGGCUCAGCUGCCUGCUUGCCUGUGGCCCAGGGUGCUGGUGCUGAGAGCACGGUGACCUUUGUGGCUGGGCUGCACGAGUGUGGCAGCACCCUGCAGAUGACCCCAGACUCCUUGAUCUACAAGACAAGUCUGUCCUACAAACCUAGUCCUCCUGGCAAUGUGGUCAUUGUAAGGACCAACCCGGCUGUGGUUCCUAUUGAGUGUCACUAUCCCAGGAAGAGCAAUGUGAGCGGCAAUGCUGUCCAGCCCACGUGGGCUCCCUUCCGCUCCACCGUGUCGGCCGAGGAGAGGCUGACGUUCUCCCUACGCCUCAUGACCGAUGACUGGAGCACUGAGAGACUCUCCAAUGGCUUCCAGCUGGGGGAAAGCCUGCACCUCCAGGCUGAUGUUGCCUCUGGGGGCCACGUACCCCUGAGGCUCUUUGUGGAUGACUGUGUGGCUACCCUGAGUCCCCACAGGAACUCCUCUCCCCGAUAUGCCUUGAUUGAGCUCAGCGGGUGCUUGGUGGAUGGGAGAUCAGAGGACACCACCUCAGCCUUCAUCUCUCCAAGGCUGAGGCAGGACAUGCUGCAGUUCACAGUUGAUGCCUUCAAGUUUGCAGGAGAUGACAGGAACUUGAUCUAUAUCACCUGCCACCUGAAGGUCUCCCCAGCUGACCAAGCCCCAGAUCCACUGAACAAGGCCUGUUCCUUCAACAAAGCCAGCAGCCUGUGGGCUCCAGUGGAGGGUACUGGAGACAUCUGCAGCUGCUGUGAGACGGGCAGCUGUCCACUGUAUGGGGGAUCCUCCCGGAGAAUUAACCCUCCAUCCAGAUGGCUAGGGAGGCGCCUGAAGAGAGGCAUCCCUUCCAGUCGAGGUGGGUCCUCCAGGGCAGCGGAGGCUGAAGUCUCGCUUGGGCCGCUAGUAAUCCUUGAUCCAGCUCAGGGACUGUGGAGUUCCUCGGGAGGUCUUGCACCAGCAGGGAAGACCUCACAUGGUGUUGCUGAAGGAGUUCCUGUGCUGGUCCAAGUUGUUGUGCUCACAGCAGCCACUGUGCUGAGCUUAACUGCUCUUGGAUUGUUUCUUGUGUCCAGGAAAUUAUCCCAAGAGAAGUCAAAGACCCGAUGCUUGCAACAGAAAAGGCAAAAAGCCUUUUCUGAGUGGAGGAAACUGCUCCUGGCCCUGGAUAAAGAGCAGAAAGGGGCAAAGUGGCAUGGUUGA